AUGGACGACUCCACAACCGCCAUGGAGACGGAUCCGUCACCGGAAAAUGACUUUGCGCAUUCACCCUGGGUUGAACUGAACUCGUUUUCCUCUCCGCAUAGUUCUCCUCCAUUGCCCGAGUAUACGGGCUUUGACUUUGGUACCUCCAGUCUCAUGGCUGUGGACCCCACGUAUGGAAUGUCGAUUCCUCCGCCGUACGCCUCGAUGCCUCUGCCCAUGCCCUCGCAUGCGUGGCCCAGUAUGCUCACCCAUCAAGCGGCGUUUGCUGAGGUGGGACUCCCAGCCGUGUCGGUGCCCACGUCCGUGUCACCUUCGGCCCCAGUGCCUCCCAUCCGGAAGACGUCGACGGGUGGUGCGACUCCACGCAGAACCCUGACCGACGAAGAUCGGCGCCAGAUGUGUCUCUAUCAUGAGGAGAACAAGCAGGCGAAACAGACUGACAUUGGAGCACUCUUUGGAGUUGAAAGAAGCACCGUCUCCAAAGUUUUACGACAGAAAGAGAAGUAUCUGAACCCAGAUGAUGGCAAUCGAUCCCCUAUCAAGCGAGCCAAGGGCCGGGUCCCCGACAUCGAAAAGGCGCUGUCGAACUGGGCUCGAAACUACCAACGCCAGGGCUUCCCAUUGAGUGACGAGAUGAUUCGGGAGAAAGCACGCUUCUUCGCCAGCACCUGUGGAUGUCCCGAGAGCAAGGAGAAAGUUCUGACGGCCAGCUGGCUCGAACGAUUCAAACAGAAGAACAGCCUCAUUGGGGCUAAAUCUCGAAGAGGCUCAACGGAUCGCAAGGGCGUCCGAAGCAGCUCCAACAGCCCCAUCCGCAUCAAUACUGGCUCUGCAACCGACUCCACCAUUCAAAGCCCUGGCGCACGUUCGCCAAUCUCUUCGCACGGCUUCGGUUCGCCUCUAUCGCCCACUCACAGUCACGACGGCUUAAAGUUGGGGGCCAACGAUGAGCUCCCAGAACUCACGGGCGGUGUACAGCGCUUGUACUCCAAGACCACGACAAUGUUGGACACCACUUCCUGUUCGGUCAUGACCAGUCCUACCUCUACGCUUGUCUCGGAAAGCCCUUUCACCCCCACGAACCAAUACCGUCUGCUUUCAAACUCCCUAGUCAAUCGAUCACGUAGCCAAACUUUACCGACAGUGCCCAUCGACCCAAGCUUGCUGGCAGCCGAUGAGUCUCAGUCCAAGUCCGAUCUCAUGAAGGAGGUGACGAUUCUGGAGUCACCAUUGGAGUUUGAUGAUCACGAAUCGCAAGCCGCAAUCCGAGGAAUCGACCCAUCCAAGAUGAUGAGACGCAAUCACAGUGACUCGGAGAUUAAGACGGUCUUCAAACAGCGGUCACAGUCGUUCUCCAAGUCCACCAAUGUGUCACCUACUACCACCAAUGCCACCGCCACCGUCCCCGAUUCUCCCACCCAAGGCGAGGCUCGACAGGCCCUGGAACUAGUGAUGAACUAUUUCCAGCGUCAGCCCGCGGGCCUUGCAGCGCAGGAGUAUAUUACCAUUGGCAAGCUGAUGGAACGCCUGGAGCUGGCCAAUCAUCAGCACAAUGCCGUUCUGGGUGGACUGGCACGAAUUGAUGAGAAUGGCGAUGCGCCUCAGGUGACCAAGAAACGAAGCAUUCAGAACAUUGGAUGA